AUGCCUCCCUGCGGCUACAACCACGACAGCUCCAACCUCAACCACAACGGCUCCAACCACGACAACAGCUACUCCAACCACGACAACAGCUGCUCCAACCACGACAACGGCUGCCCCAACCACUACCACAGCGCUCCAACUACAACUACAGCUGUGCCAACCACCGCGGCUCAAACCACAACCACAACAGCUCCAACUACAACUACAGUUGCUAAAUCUACAACCACAGAGGUUCCAACCACAACCACAGCUGUUCCAAUUACAACUACACCUGUGCCAACCACAACCACAGCGGCUGCAACCACAACCACAGCUGCUCCAACUACGACAGCUGCACCAACCACAAUUGAACCAACGACAGCCACAGUUGCUCUAACAACCACAGCACCUCCAACAACAACAACAGCUGCUACAACCACAACCACAGCUGCUUCAUCCACAGCAACAGCUGCUCCAACCACAACCACAACAGCUCCAACCACAAGAACAGCUACUCCAACCACGACAACAGCUGCUCCAAUCACGACAACAGCUGCCCCAACCACAACCACAACCACAGCUGCUUCAACCACCACCACAACAGCUCCAACCACAACAACAUCUGCUCCAACCACGACUACAGCUGCUCCAACCACGACAACAGCUGCUCCAACCACAACAGCAGCUAACACCACAACAACAGCGGCUCCAACCACAACAGCUCCAACCACAACCACAGCUGCUCCAACCACAGCAACAGCUGCUCCAACCUCAACCACAACGGCUCCAACCACAACAACAGCUACUCCAACCACAACCACAACAGCUCCAACUACAACUACAGCUGCUCCAACCACAACAACAGCGGCUCCAACCACAACAGCUCCAUCCACAACCACAGCUGCUCCAACCACAGCAACAGCUGCUCCAACCUCAACCACAACGGCUCCAACCACAACAACAGCUACUCCAACCACGACAACAGCUGCUCCAACCACGACAAUGGCUGCCCCAACCACAACCACAGCCACUCCAACCACAACUACAGCUGUGCCAACCACGACAACAGCUGCUCCAACAACGUCAACGGCUGCCCCAACCACAACCACAACCACAGCUGCUCCAACCACAACCACAACAGCUCCAACCACAACUACAGCUGCUCCAACCACAACCACAACGGCUCCAACCACAACAACAGCUACUCCAACCACGACAACAGCUGCUCCAACAACGUCAACGGCUGCCCCAACCACAACCACAACCACAGCUGCUCCAACCACAACCACAACA